AUGUCAUCGGACCUCCCCGCCUCGUCCCGCCACGGCCUCGCCGAAGCUGCCCCGCCGUCGACCCCGUCCUCCUCCUCGACCCCCGCUGCUCGAACCCUACACAACCCUUGUGAGCUCCCUGGCCUCUCCUCCUCUCCCCCUGUCCCCGUGCGCACGAACGCGCACGCGCCCGACCGCCUCCCGCUGCUCGCUCACCGUGGCCGAAGCCCCUCGCGCGCCCGCGCCCUCGCCGCUGCCCACGUGCACCACUGCUGCCCGCCUCGCACAGCUUCGAACCAGCGCGCGCGCUCGCGCGGGGAUGGGCUCGCGGCCGCCCACUGCUGCCGUUGCCGCCCGUGGCCACUCCGGCCAUUGCCCCGGAUCGUGCGCCCCGCCCGCUUGCUCCCUCGGUCGCCUGCCGCCGUCCUCGCUCCUAGUCGCACCCUCUCCGGCGCCGCCUCCCACUGCGCCCGCGGCCCUCCGCCUUGCCUCGCUCCCGCGCCCGCUGGCGCGCACCACCGCUUGCUGCGGUGCUACUGCUCGCUCCUGCUGUACCCCAGCGCCACUGCCUCAGCCCCGUGCGCCGCGCCGUCACCUCUCCCCCUCCUGCGCCCUGUCCGCCGCGGCCACCGCCCAAUUUGCCCGCACCCGCCGCCGCCCCGCCGCCUCGGAUCUGCCCCGAUAGGCGCCUCUCUCGGAUCCAGAGCCUGA